AUGGACGUUCUGGCGGAAGCGCCAAAAACUCGUUUUGCUUAUAUGCAAGCGGACAACCAUUCAGAUGCCAUUACCGUGGUAUCGUUGAGUCGUGAUGGAACUUGUUGUGCCACAGCUAGUCUGGACGGAAAAGUUUGUAUUUAUUCUAUUCUUUCCUCUCCGGAGGAGGGUGAACAGGGAAUUUCACCGAUUCAUGUAUUCUCACCUCACGACGGUGCGCCUGUUUAUGGCCUGAUUUUCAUCAACGCUGAUCAUGAGGAUAGUGAUGCACACGAGAGUACCAGAGCAACCUGGAGUUAUUUGCUCACGGGUGCUUCGUUUAAUCGUGAACUGCGCAUUUGGUCCUGUACCGAUUGGCACUGUGAACAGACUGUGCGCUUUUGUGCGGCCACCCCAGUUGCAAUCACAUCAGACACCGGAGUGGCUACAUUUAUGCCAAAUGCGAAACCCAGCAUCAUCAUGGCCCUGGACCUAACCUCAUCGGUGCUGGUCGCUUCUGAUAUUACACGACGGGUUCUCUACAUUCUAGAGAUUACCCGUGACUUGUCAAGUCCCAGUGCAACAGAAAGCCGCCGAACUCGGAUGCGUUUUUCGUCUAUCAGCGAAUUUUUACUGACCACUCCGUGCAUUUUGUUUGCACUGGGCGAAUUGAAUCGCAAAGCAUUGACGGAUUCCGAUCUUUCUUCUCUCCCUUCGGGAAAAAAGCAAAGUAUGGACUUGGUGAGCCUUGAGAUUCAUGCCAUUCACACGUGGUCUCCGAAUCCGGACUUCAAAGAACCGCAUGACGUGACGGUCGAGUGUGCUUUGGAGGCGACUUCCGAUCUGGAUGAACUGGAUAUUCCACCGUUACGUCCGUCCGAUUUCUCACAAACAUCUAUUCACGAGCCCCAGUGUGUCCCAACUGAAAGUUCUCCAAAUGCGGACAUCACAGCACAGGUACCCGAUGUCGAACGUCUUUCGGACCUAGUCCCUCAGGGCACGUUCGAGCACACAACAAAUAAUGAGGUUUCACGGGUCGAAUUGGAUCACGUACCGUCGUUACCCGAAGGUGACGAACUUCACAAUUCCCCGGGAAUCUUGUCCGGGGAGUCUGUGCCUUCAUCGCGGUUGGAGAAUGAGGCACAAGUGACAUCUCCAGCUGGUUCACAUAGUGCCCGAAUGGACCACUCACCCGGCACGCCUCUUACGCGAUGUGAACAAACCCGACCAGAUUCUCCGGAGACGUGCACAAAUGACGACUCUGUGCUGAGCACAAAACCAAUUCCGGAACCAAUGAACGAUACACAAACCAGUAAGUUAUAG